AUGAUUGAGGCCAUCCGAGCAGCCCUUGGAUCAACGGGCGACGGUGAGAUCAACAUUUCUGCAUAUGACACAGCAUGGGUUGCACUUGUGAAGAGUUUGAAUGGAGAUGAGGGGCCACAGUUCCCAUCGUGCAUUGAUUGGAUUGCCCAGAAUCAGCUUCCCGAUGGAUCAUGGGGUGAUGGCAUCUUCUUCCUAGUACAAGAUCGUAUUAUCAGCACCCUAGCAUGCAUCAUCGCAUUGAAAUCAUGGAAAAUCCACGAUGAUGCGUGCAAAAAAGGUACUCUCUCCACAGCACUGAGUAACAAUAACAAACCUAGCUAUGUUUUGUACCGGGCAACAUAUAUUUAUGUUACUCAUGAGGAGUACAUUCUUCUAAACAGGCACUGGAGUGAGGAAGGGUUGGCCUUUACGAAGGGGUGUCGGGUGAAGGACAUCGAUGACACGGCCAUGGGUUUCCGCCUCCUACGACUGCAUGGCUACCAUGUCUCUCCUUGUGUUUUCAAGCGGUUCGAGAAUGGCGACGGGCAGUUCGUGUGCUAUGCAAGGCAAUCGAACCAAUCGGUAAGCGCCAUGUACAACCUGUACCGUGCCGCUGACCAGGGAUCGUUCCCUGGCGACGAUCCUGUCCUCCAGCGCGCCAAGAGCUACAGUCGUGCGUUCCUCCGGGAGAGGCGAGCCUCAGACCAGCUUAACGACAAGUGGAUCAUCUCCGAGGGCUUGCCUAGCGAGGUUGGCUAUGGUUUGGAUUUCCCUUGGGAAGCUUGCCUGCCACGUAUUGAGACGAGAAUGUAUCUUGAGCAAUAUGGCGGAAGUCAUGACGUGUGGAUCGGCAAGGUUCUCUACAGAAUGAACAUGGUGAGCAACGACAUGUACCUCAAGGCGGCGAAAGCCGAUUUCGGCAACUUUCAGAGACUAUGCCGACUAGAGUGGCACGACCUCAAAAGGUGGUGUGACAAGAUCAGCAACAUUGAAACGUACGGCGUGGCUUCGCGCGGCGCGCUCCUGAGAGCCUACUUCCUGGCGGCAGCCUGCAUCUUCGAGCCGAGCCGAGCAGCGGAGCGCCUGGCGUGGGCGCGUGCCGCGGUGCUCGCCGAGGCCAUCUCCUGCUGCUUGUUGAGCAACGUCGAUGAUGCAUGCGCUUGUAAUAAGACCACGGCCGAAUGGCUCGUCCAGGAAUUCACCAACGGCGACGACAUUGCUGACUCCUACGAAUACAGUCCAGCAAGGAGAGACGACGACGGGCCGAAUUCACCAGCAUGGGGGGCCAGCAGCCUCGCCGGUGUUCUUCGCGAGCUCGUCAACUUGCAGGCGUCCGGGAAUGCUGCUGUCGCCGGAUGUCUUCGUGGAGCUUGGAUCGAAUGGCUCAUGGCAUGGACUGGAAAGGAGACGGAAAAAGCGUCACGCGCAGGAGAUACGGCGCUGCUGCUUGCUCGCACGGUCGAGAUCUGCUCAGGAAGGCGCUGUGGUACCGAAAAGGAUCUUGAUCUGCUUCUGCGUGAUUACUCCAAGCUCCAGCAGCUCACCAGAUGCAUCUGCUCCAGACUGGCCACUGAAGCUCCUGCUCUGAAUGGAGAAACCAUGGACAAGAUUGAUGCCCUAGACAGGAUGGUUGGACUCGAGAUGAGAGAACUGGCUCAAUGUGUUUUCCGCAGCGGUGGCAGCUCCGUGGAUAGAGAGACGAGGCAGACGUUUCUCCAUGUGACCAAGAGUUACUACUACGUUGCACUCUGCUCGCCUGAAACAGUUGAGCAUCACAUCUCCAAAGUCUUGUUUGAGGAUGUCGUCUAGCAACGAUGUUUAUAUUAGAGCUCCAAUUCUAGUGUAUCCUUGUGCAUGCACCGUGAAGGUGUCAUAUGAUGA